UGACCGAGAGACGGCUCCCCCUCUGCGGCGCUGUCGGGAACUUGACAUCUUCGGCCUGGCUCGGGGCACUCGGAGUCCGUCAGCCCGGACUUUGGCCCCGGCCGCCGCUGGGGGGCAGCGAAGCGAGCCUGAAGGAGGAAAGGCGGUCCCUGCCAGGGACACGCCAGGGGCGGAGCUGCACGGUACCAAGACUUCACGGGUGGACGUCUGGGUUCUCCAGAGGCGCCGGCCCACUCGGAGACCCCUGGAAGAGCGUUUCCCAUCCAUCCGAAGGUAGGCGUGUGAAGCUUGGAGCCGACUACGCAUCCCCGCACGCAGCGCACGCGCUUCCUGGGCUCGCACGAUGAUUAGAUACCCUCGCCCCAAAAGUGCUUCCUGCGACUGUGCAAGAAUCAGAGUUCCACCAACGAGAACUACAACUUCCGACUCGCUUGAUAACUACUGCGGCGCUAUCUGAAAAGCGUCAGAGAGGAGGAGCCUAGCCACGCCCCUCUUCCAGGGCCUCUCCCUCAGAUAAGUGGCGAGAAGGGGGGCGGAGCCUAGGCCUGAGCCAAGAUGGCGGCUGCGAAGCCAACCUCCGCGGACUCGCUCUCGUUCUGCCUCGCGCAGCUCGCAGCGGCGGCCGGGGAGGGUCUGGGUGGGGAAAAGGACCCAGCGACCAACGAGACACCCCUGGGUCGUGCGCUCUUAGCGCUCCGCACGCGCCACAUCAAGGCAGCGGGGGGAAUCGAGCGCUUCCGGGCACGCGGCGGGCUCCGCCCCCUCCUCGCGCUGCUACGGCGAGCGGCGGCUGCGGACCCCGCCCCGUCCCAGGCAGGCUCUGGCUCCGCCCCCUCGUCGGUCGUGUCAGCUGCUUGUUCUGGUCCCGCCCCCUCGUCGGGCUCCGCCCCCUCCGCUGUGUCAUCUUCGACGCCUUCGCCGCCAGUGCGCUUGCGCAAGACUCUGGACUUGGCGCUCAGCAUCCUAGCCAACUGCUGUACGGAAGGGGCGUGCCGAGCUGAAGUGCGCAGACUCGGAGGUAUACUUUCUUUGGUGACUAUUCUUCAGAGCAUGAAGACAGACAGCAUCCAGAACCGAACAGCUCGUGCUCUGGGGAACUUAGCCAUGGAACCUGAGAGUUGUGGGGACAUUCACUCUGCUGGUGCUGUUCCCCUUCUCGUUGAGAGUCUGACAGCCUACCAGGACUCACAGUGCCUGCAGAGUGUGGUGCGUGCCCUCCGCAACCUGGCAGACUCACCCCAGCACCGCCUGGCCCUGGCACAGCAGGGAGCAGUGCGCCCACUGGCUGAGCUCCUUGCCGCUGCCCCAGACCCUGCACUGACCUCUGCCCUAGUCCGUGCCCUCCUGGAACUCAGCCGAGGUUGCUCCCGGGCCUGUGCUGAGCAGCUAAGUCUGGGUGGGGGCCUGGGUCCACUUGUUAGUUUGACUUCCCAUCCCAAACGGGCAGUCCGCGAGGGAGCCAUUCUGAUCCUCGCCAACCUGUGUGCCCAGGGCCUGGUGCGGCCUGCACUGGGCAAUGCUGGUGGUGUGGAGGUGCUACUGGGUGAGCUCCGGCGGCGCCGGGGCCCCAAUGGGUCCAGCCCAGUUUCCCAGCAGCCCCUGGUACGAGCUGUGUGCCUCCUAUGCCGGGAGGCCAUCAACCGGGCCCGGCUGCGGGACGCUGGUGGUUUGGAAUUGCUGAUGGGCCUGCUGCGGGACCCUCGUGCCAGUGCCUGGCACCCUCGUGUUGUAUCUGCCCUUGUGGGCUUUCUCUAUGAUACUGGGGCCCUGGGCCGGCUACAGGCCCUGGGGCUUGUACCUCUUCUGGCUGGGCAGCUGUGUGGUGAGGCUGGUGAUGAGGAAGAAGAGGGAAGAGAAGCUGCUUCCUGGGACUUCCCGGAGGAGCGGACCCCUGAGCGGGCAGAGGCUGGAAGCUUCCAAAGCCUCAGGUCGUGGCUGAUCUCCGAGGGCUAUGCUGCGGACCCUGGAGACAUCUCUCCUGACUGGUCUCCUGAGCAGUGCCCACUGUCAGAGCCAGGAGAGCCAGCCAGCCCCACCCCCAGCCCUACCUCGCUGCGGAUGCCAUGCACACCACGCACCCCUGGCCGUAGCCCUGCCACCACCGCAGUUGAGGAGCCUUGGGGACGUGAGGGGCCAGCACUGUUGCUGCUGUCGCGCUUCUCCCAAGCUCCUGACCCAAGCGGGGCACUGGUGACCGGCCCGGCACUGUGUGGCCUACUGGCCUAUGUGACUGGUGCUCCUGGCCCACCAAGCCCACGGGUCCUGCGCAUACUGGCGCGCCUCACCUGCAACCCUGCCUGCCUCGAGGCCUUUGUGCGCAGCUAUGGUGCAGCGCUGCUGCGUGCCUGGCUGGUGCUAGGCGUUGCACCAGACGACUGGCCUGCACCGCGGGCCCGGCCUGCUCGCUGCAGCCAGCACAGAGAGCUGGGUGAGAUGCUGCUGCAGAACCUGACCGUACAGGCCGAGUCACCCUUUGGAGUAGGUGCCCUCACUCACCUGCUGCUCUCUGGGAGCCCUGAGGACCGUGUGGCCUGUGCACUGACCCUGCCCUUCAUCUGCCGGAAGCCCUCUUUGUGGCGCCGGCUACUUCUGGACCAGGGUGGCCUCCGUCUCCUCCUCACAGCACUCACUCGGCCUGCUCCACACCCACUGUUCCUCUUCUUUGCUGCGGACUCCCUUUCCUGCCUCCAAGGUCUGGUGUCUCCCACUGGGAGCCCAGCUCUCCUACCUACAGUCCCCAUGGAUCUAGACCCACCUUCCCCUUGCCUCUAUGAACCUCUGCUGGGCCCAGCCCCCAUCCCAGCUCCUGACCUGCGCUUCCUGCUGGACUCAGGCCUACAUCUCCCUGCCCAGCGAGCUGCCUCGGCUACCGCCUCCCCUUUCUUCCGGGCCCUGUUAUCUGGCAGCUUUGCGGAAGCCCAGAUGGACCUGGUGCCACUGCGAGGUCUGUCACCCAGUGCAGCCUGGCCUGUCCUGCACCAUUUGCAUGGCUGCCGGGGCUGUGGGGCUGCCCUGGGGCCUGUGCCUCCACUAGGCCAGCCCCUGCUGGGCUCAGAGGCUGAGGAGGCACUGGAGGCUGCUGGGCGUUUCCUGCUGCCUGAGCUGGAGGAGGAGCUGGAAGAGGCUGUGGGCCGUAUCCACCUGGGGCCUGAAUGUGGCCCAGAGUCAGUGGGUGAAGUAUUCCGCCUGGGCCGGCCCCGGCUGGCUGCCCACUGUGCCCGUUGGACACUGGGGCCAGGGCAGUGCCCAAGAAAGCGAGCCCUGGCCCUGGUGGGGCUUGUAGAGGCAGCAGGUGAAGAGGCAGGGCUCUUGACUGAGGCUUUACUGGCUGUGGUGAUGGGGAUUGAGUCAGGGGCCAGAGUCCCAGCCUAGACUGUUGAUGUCCCCUGGGAGGGGACCCAAGAAUGAGUUGGCUGUGAAGGUGACCUCCCUCAGACGGGCAAGAGAGGAGAUUGAGCAGGAGGAGUCAUCACUGAAGUCUGAUGAGAAGAUGGAACCGAGACCCCAGGAUGAUGGUCUGAAGACCCAGGAGUGAGAAGCCGAGGCCAGGCUCUGGGUAUGGGGCCCAGGAGAAGGAGAACAGCCCAGGGCCCCAGGUACCUGGCCUGGCCCAGCCCUUUGGAGUUGAGAUUAAAAACUUUGGAGUUGGAUA